CUGCGCCGGCUCCUAGGACCUGCCUUAGGUCCCCAGACCCCUCAUGAUCUGUUGCCUUGGGUUUGGGGGGUCAGAUUUGUCACGCUGUGGCCAAUUUCCAGUCAGCCUGGGGGCAGGACGAAAUCUCAGAGUGGUUCCCUGGCCAAGCUAGAAGCAGAGAAUAGCUCUGGAUACAGCACCUCGUGUAUCUAUCCAGCACUUACUUGGCUCUUUCUGAGUGCCAGGCACGGUGCCAAGCCCUAGCAGCAUGAAGAAUGGCCUUGGGGAGCUCCUGGGGCUAAGAGGGACAGUAGGAGGAGCAAUUGCAGUGCAGGGUAGCGCGGAAGACUCGAGAUGGAGAAGAGGACGGUGAGGAAGCCAGGAAGGCUUCAGAGAGUAGGUGACCAUUGACUAGAAGUCGGAGGUUUUGCCUGGCUGAAAAGUGUGUUGGGGUUCGGAGUUGAUGGGGAGCAGGAAUUCCAGGUGGAUUUUCUUGUGUAAAGGUAAAGAAACUGAAAAGGUCCGGUGUCCUGACCUAGAACAUCAGAUAAUUCUACAGCAGAUAAUGGAGUAGGACCGGGUCUUGUUAUAGGUAGGAAAUAAGUUGUCGACAUGGCAGGGAGCUAAAACAUGCACAGACCUUAAAGUGCAGCCUUAGAAUAUUUAGAAUUUUAUCCUGGAAUGAAGGAGGGCCGUGGAAGAUUUCUGAUCAGUGAUCAGGUCUCUCUGGCAGCUCUGGGGACAACGGAUGGAGACCGGAGCAUCAGAAAGCUGCAGGUAAACAAAGGCAGCUAAAGCUGACUGCUGGUUGUGCAAAAUCCCCCUGGCUCUUCUGGCGGAAGUCCUACCACUCCCUGUACCUGGCAGCAGCCUGUCCUCUGGGCCUCACCUACACACGUCCGGGUAGGAGCCAGUCAUCUCCAUCCAUCCACAGCCAUGAAUUUCCUCCGGCGACGUCUCUCUGACAGCAGCUUCGUGACCAACCUGCCUAAUGGCUAUAUGACGGACCUGCAGCGCCCAGAUAGCUCCACCAGCUCACCUGCUUCCCCGGCCAUGGAGAGGAGGCACCCCCAGCCCCUGGCUGCCUCCUUCUCCUCUCCAGGAUCCAGCCUUUUUAGCUCCCUCUCCAGUGCCAUGAAGCAGGCCCCUCAGGCCACCUCAGGACUGAUGGAGCCUCCAGGUCCCUCCACGCCCAUUGUUCAAAGACCCAGGAUCCUGUUGGUGAUCGAUGAUGCCCAUACAGACUGGUCAAAGUAUUUCCAUGGGAAGAAGGUGAAUGGAGAGAUUGAGAUCCGAGUGGAGCAGGCUGAAUUCUCAGAGUUGAACCUAGCAGCCUAUGUUACCGGGGGCUGCAUGGUGGACAUGCAGGUCGUGAGAAAUGGGGCCAAAGUGGUGAGCAGAUCCUUCAAGCCAGACUUCAUCCUGGUCCGCCAGCACGCCUACAGCAUGGCCCUGGGGGAAGAUUACCGCAGCCUGGUCAUCGGCCUGCAGUAUGGAGGGCUGCCUGCUGUCAACUCUCUCUACUCUGUCUACAACUUCUGCAGCAAGCCCUGGGUGUUCUCUCAACUCAUUAAGAUCUUCCAUUCCCUGGGUCCUGAGAAGUUCCCGCUUGUGGAGCAAACAUUUUUCCCCAACCAUAAGCCAAUGGUCACAGCCCCACACUUCCCGGUGGUGGUCAAGCUGGGACAUGCCCACGCUGGAAUGGGAAAGAUCAAAGUGGAAAACCAGCUUGACUUCCAGGACAUCACCAGCGUGGUCGCCAUGGCCAAAACCUACGCCACCACCGAGGCCUUCAUCGACUCCAAGUACGACAUCCGCGUCCAGAAAAUUGGAUCCAACUACAAGGCUUACAUGAGAACCUCCAUCUCUGGGAACUGGAAGGCCAACACAGGCUCUGCCAUGCUGGAGCAGGUGGCCAUGACAGAGAGGUACAGGCUGUGGGUGGACAGCUGCUCGGAAAUGUUUGGUGGCCUGGACAUCUGUGCCGUCAAGGCCGUCCACAGCAAGGAUGGCAGAGAUUACAUCAUCGAGGUAAUGGACAGCUCAAUGCCGCUGAUUGGAGAGCAUGUGGAAGAGGACAAACAGCUGAUGGCCGACCUUGUUGUCUCCAAAAUGAGCCAGCUCCUGAUGCCAGGAGGCACAGCACCCUCACCCCUGAGACCCUGGGCGCCACAGAUUAAAUCAGCGAAAUCCCCAGGGCAAGCCCAGCUGGGGCCUCAGCUAGGACAGCCCCAGCCACGCCCACCUCCGCAAGGAGGCCCUCGCCAAGCUCAGUCUCCUCAGCCCCAGAGAUCUGGAAGCCCCUCCCAGCAGAGGCUCUCCCCACAAGGCCAGCAGCCCCUGAGCCCCCAGUCCGGAUCUCCACAGCAGCAAAGGUCACCAGGCUCUCCACAGCUAUCCCGGGCAUCCAGUGGCAGCUCCCCAAACCAGGCCUCCAAGCCAGGUGCCACCCUCACCUCACAGCCCCGGCCCCCUGUGCAGGGCCGUAGCACCUCCCAGCAGAGUGAAGAGUCCAAGAAGCCAGCACCACCCCAUCCGCAUCUCAACAAAUCUCAGUCCCUGACUAACAGCCUCAGCACAUCCGACACCUCCCAGCGUGGGACCCCAAGUGAAGACGAGGCCAAGGCCGAAACCAUCCGCAACCUGAGGAAGUCUUUUGCCAGCCUGUUCUCUGACUAACACCAUCCAGGCUGGGAGGGGAAGAGUGCUCUGCUACACUCGUCCCCCUCCUGCCUCAUCUUCCUUCUCAGCCUUGGUUCCUGAUGGGAACAGAAUGGAGGGCCUGAGAACAUACUUCCUAAAUGCCUUCGACCCAGGAACUGAUUAUAUUUGUUCCCAGUUUCCUUUACCGUGACAUUCCAGCAUUGUCUGACUGAGAGGUGGGCCUUUGAGAGCCUCCAGGUUCCUCAAAACAGGCCUGAGAGAUGGGCGUCACAUCCCUCUGCCUACCCACAUACCCCGCUUCCCUGCCAGAUAACCAAGUGAGAUGUCUGCGAGUGGCUAGUUUUCACAUCCUUAUUAGUGUUUUGCUCACCUUUGGGUAAAGGCCCCCUCUAGGCCUUGCCCUACCUCCAUCAAAUGCAGACACUGUAGUCGGACCUCAGCAAUAUAGGAGGCAAUAAUCUUUUAACAGUGUUUUGCAAACAAAAAAAGAGAAAAUCCCAGCCAGGGGAACUCGCCACCUGCCCACGCUAGUUCCAUCCAUGCUCAAGACUUGCCCUUAGACCAGACAGGCAAAGGCCCCCAUCACACUUGGCCACUAGUGGGGUCCUGAAGCCAAGAAAGAAAUGAGACCCUGUAUGACAAGUGGGGUCUUGGAGAACACAACAGAAACAGAGGGGCCCUGGUAAUGCCACUCAUACUCAGAGCAUUAUUCUUAUUUGGACAGCCGAGAGCAGAUCACAGGUUCUUGUAGGAAUAAAGACGAGUUCACAGAGGAGAAAGAGGCCUGGGACCUCCCAAGGAAAGGGUCAGGUUAGGAUCCUGUACCCAUUCUGUUACACCACUGUUUGGUCUCUCUGGCCUCCCACCAGGAAAGCCGUUUCCUUUUUACGGAUCUGUUGGGAACCAGAGAGAAGCAACAGAUGAAUGACGUAGGAUCUGAAGUGCAAUGGCAGUCACUUCUAGUUUGGCAUCUCACAAACUCUGUACAGAAAGGUGUUGGCAGGUUACUCAAUUUCAAAACGGGCCCCAUGGUCAAAUAUGUUUAGGAACUACUGUUUGUAUUUCUUUUUUGGAGAUGCAUUGUAUAUAAUAUAUGUCAAAGGCUUUUGGAAUUCCUGCAGGAAAGAAAUCAGCUUUGUUAAAUCCAAACUGAUUUGACUCAAUAAGUUAGCUGCAGAGCUGGAAAAAGUAGGCUAACUCCCUUCCCAGUGCUCUUUCCCCUGUACCAGCCUGCCCCUCAUGCUUAGAUAGGGUUCAGAGGUGACCUAAAUCACCAAGCACCUGGUGCUAGAAACAUAGUAGGUGCCAGAAGCAGCCUCCUGGUCUCGAAGAGAGCCACGAUACUAGAACAUAGCUAUGUCAGCCCCUUGCCUCCCACUUUGCAACCCGAGAUACGUCUUCCCUUUGCUGUCCACGGGGAAGGGAGAGAGGGAGGUAAAAAUGGAAGUGGCUCUGGCCUGGAGCAGCUUCUAGUUAUGCGCAAGUAAUGUAGAUUGCUUGGUAAUCAGCCGAGAUCCAUCCAGGUUCCCAGGAGCAUAAAAGCAAUCAUCUCCUUUUUGGUCCUCCAAAACCAAACUGGGGUGGUGACAUCAGGGCCAGAGACCCUCUCCUUCUGUGGGCAUUGGGUCACUUAGAACUCUCAACCUCAGAAAAGCCUGCCUUCAAGCUGGCUUUUGACAGGUUAUUGGCUGGAGACUGGCUCAGUAUCGAAAGUGCUAGCUGUGCACCUGGCUGCCAGAAAGCCACUUGGCCUUUAGGGCGGUCCUCUUCACAUUGCCCUCUUCCCUCACUCAUGAUCAGGUCUGGAUUUAAGAGCAAGAGACCCCAGGAAAAUUCAGAAGUCGUCUCUCUCCUCUUGUUCAAGACCCUUGGUCUGGGAUUCAAUAAUAAGUAGCAGACCUGGCAUAAGAAAGAUCAGAUAAGUCAAUUGCCAGUGACCAUCGGGAGCCAUAAUUUGGCAGCUGGAGACUGGUAGGCGCAGGUCUGAUUAACACUGGCGAGGAUCCGCAGCAAAUAAAAUAGCCAUUGUGUGAGGUGAGAAGUGAACAGCUGAAGGCCCUGUACUCUUUCUAGUGCCCAAAAGCCCACCACCCUUACUCUAUCUCCACGCUCGGCUGAGUUCCGUGUUAUAGGACAGUCCCUGCAUGUCUGGAGCUCACUCUGCCCAGUAACACAUCUCCCUUCUUUUUGCUCAAUGCAACAGAAUAGUCUGGCCAGGAGCUGCCAGAAUCCUAUCCAGAGGCAGCUGAGAUGAUGCGGUGGGCAGUCAGACACAUGAAGCUGCUGCUUUGCAGGCAUCGCCCUCUCAUCAUCACAUUCUUCUAGACCCCCAAGGUGGGUGGAGGUGGGGGUCCUGAGGUCAAUAUCCCACAGUCAUGCCUGGGGGAGGUCAGGUGAUGGCAAGGAAUAGAUCAGACCAUUUAUAAUCCGGCAGAACUUUGCUUCGUCCUCCUGCUGCUGCUCACUUAACCCUUUCACCGCUCCCUUGCAGCUUCUGAAGAAAGCCAAGUGGGGCAUGAGGAAAAGAGACAGGAGGUGAAAUUCAAAACGUCAGAUGCGGGUACCUUUUAAAGCUAUUCUGUUAAAAGAAAUCUAUCUAACAGAAGAGAGUAUAAAUAUUGAUUAACGUAAGGUUUGAUGAUUAGCCAAUGAUUCUAGGAGUCCCAUUACUUAAACGCACACACACGCACACGCACACACACACACACACGCGCACACAUACACAUACAUGCCUGGAUAAUAACUGGGAAUUGACAAAUGCACAUCCUAAAAUCCUGUCACCUCAUGAUCAGUUAGUUCAUAGUUGUCUGAAAACCUGCUUCAAGAGAAUGGCUUCCCGACUUGUCCCCAAGAAGAUAGGGGUCACUAGUAUAAGUCACACGAUGAGAGAACCAGAAUAUCAACCUCUCAGACUUGAGGGUUCCUGGGCUCUUGCCCCUUCUUUCCUGACAAGGGCAGGUGAGGCUUCCCCAUUAGAAGGACAUGGGGCACUGCUUAUAAGAGCAGCCUAUUACAAGAUCCAAGCACAGAGAGCUACAGGAGUUGAAGUUUGGUUCCUUCCACUUAACAAAAAUAUAUCCACCCUCCUUUCUCAGGGGUAGACCUUUCAAAUAUUAAUAAAUAAUGCUGUGCGACAUCCUGAAUAAACGGGUAAAAGAAAACUUGUAGGGCAGGAUGUAACCACAAGGUCCACAAGUUUCAGGAGAUUAGGAACACAGGAAACCCCUGUGGCAAUCGUCCCUCUUCAACAAUCUCACCCAAUUUUCACUUAGUAAUAAAAGACAGCUCAAAACACACAACUGAAUGGUAACAGGCUGGCCAAAGUUUCUCAAUGUGUGGGCCAUGGCCACGGGCAGAGCUAGUUACAAAGGCAGAUGAAGCUUCAUUUCGGACCAAAGGAGUCAGAAUUUCUGGUCACAGGACCCAGAACCUGCAUCUUUGUCAAUGUCCCCGCUUUGAGUCCACUUUGAAGUGAGACCAGCAACCUAAGCUGGGCUGUGUGGGAAAGCCACUGCAUGAGAAACAGUACUGGUAUGGGUGUGCUAUAGUCUCCAACGCAGCUAAGAACCCACUCCUUUAGUGAACAAAACUAGUGGCCCCGUGAACAAUGACCACAUGGCCUAAAUCCUCCCAUAUUCCUAUAUUCCGUCCUUUGUCCUCAGACACACCUCCGCAUUCAAAGGAUAGCUCCCAGAUACUCCAGUAUCUGCGUACAACAGCAGCAGAAACUCCUUCCAAACUCCAAAUCAGCAGGCAUCCUGAUUUUUAUAACCAUGCACAGAUAUAUCCAGAUCCAUGACAUAACACGUUUAUAGUCAACAUGUUUAAAUAAUUUCCCCACUGGUCUGUGUAUGAACAUAGAAACCAAGGGCACAUAGGUCUCAUAGUGACCCCAAAAUGGUUGUUUUGUCACACAGGCUAGCACGUGUUCCUUCCAAAAAUGUAACCUUUAGUAAUUGUGACAUUUUGAAAUGGGAAAGGGCAAAAAGGAGGGAGAGGGGAGUCAUGCUAUAUAGACUCUAAAAUGUUAUGUUCGUUGUUUUUUUUUUUGUUUUUUUGCUUUGUUUCGCAACUUUAGAGCCAGAGAAAGGCUAGCAUUUUCCCUCCAAGCUGACUCGGGGAAGCUGAAACACAACAAAGACCUAUUUGAUUUGUGCACAAUGAACAGGGAUUUAAAAACGCAGCCUUAGUGGACAGCUCUACCAGCCAGAGAAAAGUUCUUCCAGAUCUUCCUCCCGUCAGCACGAUAAAAUGGUACUAUGCUUUGGUUAAAUGUAAAAUCAGCUUUCCAAGAACAGUGGAAUAUCCUUUCUCUUCCAUCAGUUCCCUAGAUUCUCUUCGUUACUACAUUCUCUAGCCUAACAUUCAGUCCCUGCUGAAUUAACUAAUAUUCAGAUACAUUCAAGAUAGAACUCACACUCAGUUCUAUCUUUCCAAAAUUUAAGAGGAUGAGAGGUCUUCACUCGCAUGGUAACAAACGCAGCAGCAAACCCCAUAAAACUGAACAUCAACUGCCUUCUGGAAGUUCUCAUCUGGCAAGCUAGUGCAGGUAUCUUGUGCAUGGGUCAAGAGAGUGAAGCUCAGAGCACACUGCUUGGCACCCAGCAGGUGUUCAGGACAAGUUUUAGCUCAGCCCUCCUAGAAAACUAUGAAAUAAAAUCCAAACAAAAGUAUUAAGAAUGAAAUAAAAGGAUGUUUUUCUAAGAGUAUCAAUAUAUGGAAGUGACUUGCCCAAGAAUAGACUCAAACCAACCAAAACCCAAUAAAAUGAGAUAAUUGAGAAAGCAGCAGCAGAAAAUGUCAGGUUUUCCACCUCAAAAAGACCUCUUCUAAACUGAAUCUGAAGAGGGAUGGGAGGAGGCAGAACGAGAACAUGACACCGCUCCUCGGGGCCUACAAGAAGGUAAGGUGACUGCAGGGCUGUGAGCCAUAGGGGAGUUGCCAUUGUCAGCAUCAGUCAGGGAGGCUGGAGUGAGCAGACCAGGACAACUCCACAGCUUCGGCAGCAAAGGUCCAGGACCAAGGAAAGCAAGUACACAGAUUGUGCUUCACACAACAAACACAGCAGUUUCCAAACAGCACAGCCUCAGUUCGAACCGGCCCAGGAGCACACCAUGUCCUUUCAGGACCUGCCCCUUCCAGUGCCCUAGGGCAGACUAAUCUCUUAAUGCUUUAUUCAACUUCGUAAAACACUGGUGGCUCAUUUUAUGUGUUUUGAAUUGGUGAAAGGAUGCAGGUUGGUCACGGGUUAAGCUCGGUAAGUCAGCCUUGCAGAUACAAGUGGCAGCUUAAUUAUCCUGGAGGCAGAGCUCAUUGCCUAAGAGCACUUUCACACGAGUCUCUGCUUUUCCUUUAUCCUAGAGGGCAAGCUGGCUGGUUACUAAUUAUACUGUCAAAAGCUGUCCUAGGCUCCUGAGUUGCUGCUGAUAUAAGUGUUUCAGCCUAAUAUUUGGACUCUAAUAGAAGGCAGCACUUUUGGUUUGGUAAGAGACAAACUGGAAGGCUGGGCAACAAGUAAGUUAAAGUUGUCCAUUUAUCAAACACAAUGCCUAAGAGACACAGAGGCUCCCUUCUGUUUCCAUGCACUGGCUGUUUCCACACAGCUGAAAGAGAUGAGCUGUGGACACUUAGACCUUGUAUUGAGAUGAAUUCACUGGCCAAGAGGAAAAGAAGAAAGUGGUUGGGAAAUAUUUUUUGGAACUGGUGGGGCAUUCCUGUAAGGGAAAUCAAUCUAAAACUAAACAUUCUUUCUACAACAUGUGUAUAAAAUACACUUUUUUAUAUAUAUACAGACACGGUCUUGCUAUAUUGCCCAGGCAGGUCUCAAACCCCUGGCUUCAAGCAAUCCUCCCACCUAGGCCUCCCAAAGUGCUGGGAUUACAGGUGAGGGCCACUGCACCUGGCUACACAUUUUAAUCCUUGAAAAUCCUAAAUCCCUUUGUUUUUACACUGAUUAAUCUUCCCAAAUGUAAUUUGUUUCCAUCCUCUCACAUUCUAAGUGUCUGCUCUCCAUGGUCUUUCACUGAGUCUAGAGCAGAAGCAAGAUCACAGUUCUUUGGCACUCAGUUAACGUACUAUGUUUUGCUAUGGAUUAGCAGAAACUAAAUGCUGUAACCUAUUGGGGAAUCUCAGGAGUGAUGUUUAAGCUAGUCAGUUUAAAUCAAAUCCUUGUUCUAUGUGACUUACCCAGUACUUCCCAAUGAUCUUAUCCAGUCAUCUUCUACAGUCAACUGAAGACUACACAAAGAAGCACUGCUCAUGCAUAUGGCACAGCAGAGCACUGGGACCCGCCCAGCUCCUCUCUGAAGCUCUGUAAUUGGGCCGCUACUGCCUAGAGUAGGAGAGAGGCAAGCCUUAGUGCUGGGCCCUGAGUAUAGUGAGCAAAAGAAGAAAUGUCCAGCUCCAUGAAAGAAUUACAGAGGUAAUAAGCAAAGCAGUGGUCUCAGGAAUUGGAAAGACCCAAGCAAGAGUCAGAAUUCAACAGUUUUUACACAAAGAAUAUCAAAAUCUUAAGUUGGAAGGACACCUUCCAUGAUUUGAUUCCCAGCCACAUCAAACUUCCAUUUAUAAAUGAGGGGAAUGGGGCAGAGAAAGCUCCUGUUAAUAAAAGAGGAGGCCACGCACAGUGGCUCACACCUGUAAUCCCAGCACUUUGGGAGGCCAAGGCGGGCAGAUCACGAGGUCAAGAGAUCAAGACCAUCCUGGCUAACACGGUGAAACCUCGUCUCUACUAAAAAUACAAAAAUUAGCUGGGCAUGGUGGUGCGUACCUGUAGUCCCAGCUACUCGGGAGGCUGAGGCAGGAGAAUCGCUGUAACCUAGGAGACAGAGGUUGCAGGGAGCCAAGGUCAUCCACUGCAGUCCAGCCUGGCAACAGGGCAAGACUCCAUCUCAAAAAAAAAAAAAAAAAAGAGUAAAGGGAAAAUAAGGGGCUACAGAAAGGCGUAGGACAUACCAAUGAUGUCGAACCACAUCUUACUAAGAUGCGUUGCUGUGGCACUCUAAACUCUUGCUUGCUUCCAUUACAGUACAUCCAGGUGAUCUCAGAAAAUCGUGCAGUGAACAGGCUUCUGUGAAACUACGAUUUUCCUCUCAUUAUACACCAGCAAUACAUACAGCUCAACAGUCUCAGUUUAAUGACAAGAAUGUAGGACUUCACAAGCUUCUAACUAUAAAUUCAGCUUUUCAAGAGGAAAUGCGUUGAGGAUUGUCUUAAGAAUUAUUAAAAAAAACUAUUGUGAGAGAUCUGCAAAUUUAGGUUUAGGCAUACUGCCAAUAUCCUAAACUAAGCGAGAUUUGUAAUGUCUGCCAGUUAGUCUGAGGUGAGGAUGGAAAGCAGCACCAGUAUCCACAGGACACCAGCACCAUCCAUGGAGUUCUCAAGGGCCACUCAAAAAAGACUGCAUUCUGAACACUUGUUGUUUUAUAGUAUUUGGUGCUUCUAGUCGUCACCAUGUCCUCCCACACCCAUUACACACAUACACACAUCCGCUGCAUAGUGCAACACAACAUUGCAAAGCCACAAAGAAAUGUAUCAGAGAACUAGUAUAUGGACCCAACAAAGCUUCAGGAGGACCUUGUUAGACCCAAUUAAAGCCAUAUGGCAUCUAGUGAACACAUUUUUAAAAGGCUGUCCUGUAGCUCAGAUAUUACAAAAUACCACAGAAACAAAUGUAAACAACUCCAAUCCUUUACUAUACAUUAAGCUACUAAAAGUAACAGGCCUCAAGAAAAUCAUAUUAUUGACUGAAUUUUCUUCACUGUGAUUAUAAAAAAAAAAAACUCAAUAUACAUGUGUAGCAAAAAAAAAAAAAAAAUUCACUUGUAUGUAGGACUCAAAAUAUUCUUGCAGCACUUAACAUUCCAAGCCAUUUCCUUAUAUGCAAAACAAUUUUUAAAAAAGCAGGAAGACAUUGGCAAUAUUCCUAUUUUCUGUAGAUGCUAGUAGUGGUUUAUUCCUAUGUUGUGAAUCAGAUUUUGUCACUAUAGCAUGUUUCUAUAGUUGUUUGUAUAAGUCAUUUGUGUUUGGCCUUUUUCUUGUAGAAAAAAUAAAUCUUGAAUUUUGUGUAUUUAAGUCUGAAAAGCAAAAUGUUCUUCAAAUAAGAGGCUAUCUUUGAAGAACAAUACCUGAUUAGCACUCACAGCAGUAAAACUUUUUUAAAAGAUAUCAUCUACUUAAAUUACAAAUUAGGGACUAAGUGUUCAAAACACAAGGAAAACAAAAUCAUAACCACCUCAUCCCAGGAGCCACAAACAGGAGUCCCUAAUACCAAAUGGCCUUUGAACAACAUUGCUUCACAGCCCAGAAAGUUCCACCACAGAACCCAAGAAAGAGCUGCAGAGAGAGAAGAGGUGGACCUGAGUGGGUGUGUGGCCAAAGCACCCACCCCAAGUCCAGUUCAACCAAACUAGCUGCUUUCAUUCAGUUCAUAAAUCAGGCCUUUGAAAAAGAUAGAGCACUGCUAAAAUGAAAAAACAAAACAAAAAAAAACAAAAAAACAGAAACCCCUUACAAAAAUUAUCUGCCUAUGCUAUGUUCUGAUAAUUCUGAAAUGUCCAAAUAACAUUGUGUAUCUGUUCUGAAUAUUUAUUACAUAUCUUUCUGUAAUAAAAAUCAAGACCACCA